UCGUCACUUUCGAACAGAGGUCCUUUCCCGUUCGAAUAAGUGUUCCUAAAGGGGAACGACCAAAGAGUCGAAAAGAGGAGCGCGCUUACAACAGAAAUGUCCACUGUGGACUCGUACGGACCUGCUUCCCAAACUUUAACUUUUUUAGAGACAGAAGAUGUCGAUUUUGGUGCCGAUACCCAAGGCUCAGAAUUCGAAUUCAACGACUUCACGUUGCCGUCUCAAACGCAGACUCAGGAUCUCUCUAGCCAACCUCUUGUUAAUGGUAUUGUAGAAAACUCAAGGAAAGCAACUGACGAGGAAAAAGUCAUUGCAGCCAGCAAUAGUGAGGAAAAAGAUGCAAAAAUUGAGCAGAUGAUCAAAGGUGUCGGUGACCUAAACUUUGAGGAAGAUGACGAUGAAGGCACAUUCUCAGGAAAAGAUCUUCCAGCACAUGCAUGCAGGUAUUGUGGUGUUCAUGAUCCUGCUUCGGUUGUGCUCUGCUCCCAAGAUAAGAAAUGGUUCUGCAAUGGGCGUGGCAACACAUCUGGAAGCCACAUCAUUAAUCAUUUGGUGCGGGCCAAGCACAAGGAAGUGACACUACACAAGGAUGGGCCACUUGGUGACACAACACUGGAGUGCUAUAACUGUGGUUGCAGAAAUGUGUUCUUGCUUGGCUUCAUUCCAGCAAAAGCAGAUUCUGUUGUUAUUCUGCUAUGCAGACAGCCUUGUGCCCAGCAGAGUAAUUUGAAAGACAUGAGCUGGGACCAAAGUCAGUGGCAGCCAUUGAUAAGUGACAGGUCAUUUGUGUCUUGGCUUGUGAAAGUGCCAUCAGAGCAAGAACAGUUGAGGGCCAGACAAAUAACAGCAACCCAGAUCAACAAACUUGAAGAGUUGUGGAAGGACAACCAGGAAGCAACCUUGGAAGAUUUGGAAAAGCCUGGAGUUGAUGAAGAGCCACAGACAGUGUUAUUGCGAUAUGAAGAUGCUUAUCAGUAUCAGAAUAUCUUUGGGCCUCUGGUCCAUUUGGAGGCAGAGUAUGACAAGAAGCUGAAAGAAUCCCAGACCCAGGACAAUAUUGUAGUCAGAUGGGACAUUGGUUUGAACAAGAAAAGGAUUGCUUACUUCAACUUUCCACGUUCUGAUGGUGAGAUGCGCCUCAUGCAGGGCGACGAGUUGAGGCUGCGUUACACUGGCGAGCUGCACAAACCCUGGGCUGGCGAAGGCCAUGUCACCAAGAUCCCAAACAAUUUCGGUGAAGAGGUUGGACUUGAGCUGCGUAGCAACGCUGGUGCACCUGUGGAAUGCACUCAAAAUUUUGCUGUUGAUUUCAUCUGGAAGUCUACUUCUUUUGAUAGAAUGCAAGCUGCGAUGAAAACCUUUGCUGUUGAUGAAACUUCUGUCAGUGGUUACAUUUACCACAAGUUGUUGGGACAUGAUGUGGAGGAGCAGAAUGUGAAAUGCACACUUCCAAAAAGAUUUUCAGCCCCUGGUCUUCCUGAGUUGAAUCACUCCCAAGUUUAUGCUGUAAAGACUGUACUCCAGCGUCCUCUAAGUCUCAUUCAGGGUCCACCAGGAACAGGCAAGACUGUUACAUCGGCCACCACUGUCUACCAUCUUGCAAAACAGGGCCUUGGACAAGUGAUUGUGUGUGCACCCAGCAACAUUGCUGUUGAUCAACUGACUGAGAAGAUCCACAAGACCGGGCUGAAGGUCGUCCGUGUUUGUGCCAAAAGCAGAGAGGCUAUCGACUCCCCAGUGGCAAACCUCGCACUGCAUAACCAGGUGCGCAACUUAGACUCGAUGCCAGAACUGCAGAAGUUGCAGCAGCUGAAGGAUGAACAAGGCGAGUUGUCCUCGGCUGAUGAAAAGCGGUACAAAACAUUGAAAAGGAAUGCAGAAAGAGAGUUGCUACAGCAUGCUGAUGUCAUCUGCACGACCUGCAUUGGCGCUGGCGAUCCACGGUUGUCCAAAUUCCGGUUUAGAUGUGUUCUCAUUGAUGAGUCGACCCAAGCAACCGAACCCGAGUGCAUGGUUCCAGUGGUACUCGGCACAAAACAGUUGAUUUUGGUUGGAGAUCAUUGCCAGCUUGGUCCAGUUGUGAUGUGCAAGAAAGCUGCCAAUGCUGGUCUGUCCCAGUCGCUGUUUGAGAGGCUGGUCGUCCUUGGUAUUAGGCCCAUCCGUCUCCAAGUGCAAUACCGUAUGCACCCAGCUCUCAGUGAAUUUCCCUCCAACUUGUUCUAUGAUGGGACCCUCCAAAAUGGCGUCACUGUUGCCGAGAGAUCUCAGAAGGGUGUAGACUUCCCAUGGCCUGUUGCUGAUAAACCGCAGUUUUUCUACGCAACAACUGGUCAAGAAGAGAUUUCCUCAUCUGGUACUUCUUUCCUCAACAGGACUGAGGCAGCUGCAGUAGAGAAGAUCGCUACUCGAUUCCUGCGGGCAGGCGUGAAGCCAGAACAAAUUGGAAUAAUUACACCAUAUGAAGGCCAAAGAGCAUACAUCGUGUCUUAUAUGCAGUUCAGUGGAUCUCUUCAUGCAACUCUGUACCAGGCUAUUGAAGUAGCAAGUGUUGACGCAUUUCAAGGAAGAGAAAAGGAUUACAUAAUCAUGUCUUGUGUGAGAUCAAAUGAUCAUCAAGGCAUUGGCUUUCUGAACGAUCCACGCCGUCUCAAUGUUGCCUUAACUAGGGCCAAAUAUGGCCUCAUUAUUAUUGGAAACCCAAAAGUUUUGUCCAGGCAACCGCUGUGGAACCAUUUGUUGAAUGACUACAAGGACAAGCGAUGUCUUGUUGAAGGCCCUCUAAACAAUCUGAAGGAGAGUAUGAUUCAGUUCAGCAAACCAAGGAAGCUGACAAACAAAACUAACCCUGGCGGUCGUUUCAUGACCAACACAAUGUUUGAUGCUAGAGAGGCCCUGAUCGCCCCUGGUUUGUAUGCCAACCGCCCAGUACGCCCAGUGGAACCAGUGAUGGAUUCAUACUACCGCACGCAUGACCGCAUGGGCUUCUUCCCGACUGCUCCAGACCAGGCAAGGAACGUCUUUGCCACCAAUAUUCCGGUCCCGGUUGGAAUGUUCUAUCCUCCAGUGCCACCGCCCGCCUUCCAGUACAACCAGGCCGUAAGUGGAGGGCGUCAAUCGCAGCAUCACAGAGGCAAGCAGGCUGGGCAGCGUCCUAACCAGAAGCCACAACAACAGCAGAGCUACAUUGGGAACAGUGCUGCUAGCCAGGAUUUGUCCCAGGGACCUUUGUCACAAGGACCGUUGUCCCAAGGUCCGUUGACUCAAGGUGGCAUGAGCCAAGGAAUCAAUCCUUUGUCACAGCCGCUCUCGCAGCCAGAAUUGUCUCAGGACAGCUACCUUGGGGACGAUUUCCAGUUGAAGUCGCAGCCUGAUCAAGUCUUGUCUCAGGACUCGACCUAUCAAGGUGACCGCGGUGGCUACCAGCCCUACUCUCAACCAGAGUACUCUCAGCAGAUGUACAACUCGCAAUACUGAGCCAGUCCCUGCGCACUGGCUAGACAGCGGAUACCGUGAUGCUGCCCCGCAAUCAUGGCAUGCACCGCAAGCGACAGACAGCGAUAACGGAUGCUGUUGUUUAUCUGUCAACUCGGAGAUGGGUCAUUCGGAGCUUCUCAACGGAAAUGACGUCAGAAGAAUCGCUUUCAUAGUUGUUUAGAGUUUCUGGUCGACAAUAUUCGCAAGAUGAUGGUUUGAAGUACGAAGUAAGAGGCAAAAGUUUUAGGGCCGGAAGAACUGCUUGUUCAAAUCGGUGUCUCCCGGAACUCCAGUUGCCUUGCUGUUAAAUCACAGGGAUCUUUAAUCGAAUCUCUCUUUGUUUAGAUUCUUCCACCGCCAAUUCCUAAGUUUAUUUCUCAUGUUCCACUCAUAAUAACUGUUUUGAUAUAUGUUUAAUUAUCUUUUAGCUGUGUGUAUAAUGAUCUCAAUCGGCCCAGACCCCCUCCCCUUCAAACCCCUCCUCUUCAAGCCCCCUCAUCCCCUCUGCUAAUGCCUUGGCUCAUUUUAGCUCGUUUUUCACCCACAAUAGUUGCUUAGAAGCUGAUUUAGCUAGGGCCCGUGUCUAAAUUCGCGACCUGAUUAUGGGAUUGAAAUUGGGUUCGAUUUGCUUUGCUUUUCGCACUCGAGUGAUCAAUCGUAAAUGGAAGUGCCUCUGCGAUGUUUGAAGCAGACACGGUGUGAUGCAUUGCAGAGUUGAAAAUCAAUCCAGUACAAUGAUACUCAAAACCUUUAGUUUUAAUUUACUCUAGCUGAUCCCCAUAAAGCCGACAGCGAUCCUAACUAUAUCCAUUUACUGUGACCCCUACGCCAAGCAUACUAUGAUUUUCUGCAUUUAGUGCUGGUUUCUUUGUAGAGUUUCUUCAUUAACUACAUCUUUUCUAAAUGUGUCAGAAUCUCAUACAUUCAGCUGAUAUCUUUAUGCCUUUGCAUCACCAUCCCAAUAUGCCUACAGUUUCUUAGGUUUCCAAAAGCUGCAUAUGUUUACAAGACUGCUUCGCUUUCCAUAGGUAAUUUCAGUGGCGGACACCUGGGGAGCAAAGGGGGGGCGACCGCCCCCCCCCCCAUACUUAAGAGGACAAUGGUAUUUUGUUCUAAAACAAUGGGAAAUGUGACGUCAUCUUAUUAAAACAAUAUGUUUGCCCCCCCCCCCCAAUAUUUGACCAAAUCUCCGCCCCUUGGUAAUUUUAUGGUCGAAAUAUGCCGAAUGAAAACGGAUGCAUAUUUCAAUGUUUCAGUUUCUCGGCUUCAAUAAAUUCAUUAUCAAAAUGAUACAGAUACUUUUGAAUCUUCAGAGGUUUCAUGAUUGGAAAGAUAUCAGUUUCUUUGUAAGAUUUCUGACACAUUUGGAGAAAGAUAUUGGAACUGAUCGAUUGACGUUAAAAGAGAGUAUUGUUGUCUGAUAUUGACAAAACCUUGGCCUGUUGGCGAUAUAACUUGUCAUAAUUUCAUCUUUUGAGUUCAAAAUUUUCAUCGUACCAGAAGCUUAUGAAAGAUUGAUGUGGAGGAGUCAAA